AUGUUCUCGACGACGACAAGAAAGUUUGCUUCGGCGACGAAGGAGUACCCGUCCAACACGGCUCGCAAGGUUGAAGCUGAACUUGACGCCGCUUCAUCCUCGGCUUCUGGUUUUUCGACUACCUCUUCCGAUUCCCCUUCUUCUUCCUCGAGCUCCUCCUUCAACAACGCGUCGUCUAACCACUCCUCUAACGCGUUAGACCUUGCUGGUCUCCCUAGAUUGUUCACUUCACCCACGCGUCCGGAUGUGUACUACCACCUGCAGGUCCCGCCUACGCCGUUUUCGGCUACGGAGGGUGUGUACGCUGUUAGUUUUUUGGAUGAGCCUGGUGUUGUGAGGGAGGUUGAUGGUGUUGUUGUUGGCUGGGUUGGUGUUGGUGGUGUUGGUGAGCUAGCGGCUUCCCCUGCUGGAGGUGGGAAGAAAGAAGGCGAGAUCUGGAGGGAGUUUAGAGAGAACCCGGUGUUUAGGUCGCUCCUUCAUGAGACGGUUUAUGCUGCGCUUAGGGAUGGUGUUGAUGAUGUUUGGGUUGGUGCUGCGAAGCAGGUUGGGAGUGGGUGGAUGCAUGUGCAUGACCAGCGUAACCCACCGCCUCUGGGCAGGAUUGGAGACCCGGAUGAUAUUAUUGGGACUGUCCUUGUUGAGGAUGGAGUUGUGAAGGCGGAUACGUACCAGCCUAUGCCUUCGUAUAGGUUUUGGACCAAGGACGGUCUUAUGAUGUUGACGGAUGGGUUGAGGGAACGGUUGGUGCAGAGUUGUAGGAGGGUUGGUGGGGCUGGGUGGGUGCAGAGUAAUCCUUGA